AUGAAACGUCCACAAAAGAAGAGACAGAAGGAGACAGAGAAGCAGAGACAGCAGAAGGAGAGACAGAUAAAGAAGAUAAAGAAGGAGAGGGAGAGACAGCAGAAGGAGAGACAGAUAAAGAAGAAGAUAGAGAAGAAGAGACAGAAGAAACAGAGGGAGAGAGAGAAGGAGAGAGAGAAGGAGAGAGAGAAGGAGAGACAGAAGGAGAAGCAGAGACAGCAGAGGGAGAGACAGAUAAAGAAUAUAAAGAAGGAGAGGGAGAGAGAGAAGGAGAGACAGAAGAUAAAGAAGAAGAAGAUAAAGAAGGAGAGAGAGAAGGAGACAAAGAAGGAGAGAGAGAAGAAACAGAGGGAGAGACAGAAGGAGAAAGAGAAGCAGAGACAGCAGAGGGAGAGACAGAUAAAGAAGAAGAUAAAGAAGAUAAAGAAGAAGAGACAGCAGAAGGAGAGACAGAAGGGGGAGAGACAGAUAAAGAAGAAGAUAAAGAAGGAGAAGAUAAAGAAGGAGAGAGAGAAGGAGAGACAGAAGGAGAGACAGAAGGAGACAGAGACACAGCAGAGGGAGAGACAGAUAAAGAAUAUAAAGAAGGAGACAGAGAAGCAGAGACAGCAGAAGGAGAGACAGAUAAAGAAGAAGAUAAAGAAGAUAAAGAAGAAGAGACAGCAGAAGGAGAGACAGAAGGAGAGACAGGAGAAGCAGAGACAGCAGAAGGAGAGACAGAUAAAGAAGGAGAGAGAGAAGGAGAGAGAGAAGAAGACAAAGAAGGAGAGAGAGAAGAAGAGACAGAAGAAACAGAGGGAGAGACAGAAGGAGAGACAGAAGGAGAGACAGAAGGAGACAAAGAAGGAGAGAGAGAAGGAGAGAGAGAAGAAGACAAAGAAGGAGAGAGAGAAGAAACAGAGGGAGAGACAGAUAAAGAAGGAGAGAGAGAAGGAGAGAGAGAAGAAGAAGGAGAGAGAGAAGGAGAUAAAGAAAAAGAAAAGGAAGAAGGAGAGAUAG